AUGGGGAUGCACUGCACAAAACGCUUCACGGGGCUUGCUUGGGUCCUGAAGGACGAAGGGCUGCAGUCGGACCUGGGCCAGCUGAAGUCGGCCUGCAAGGAGGACAUCCCCAGCGAGAAGCACGAGGAGAUCGCCACCAGCAAGGACUGGCUCGCCUUCCUCGAGAAGCACAAGAAGCUGGACAAGGACAACCUGUCCUACAUCGAGCACAUCUUCGAGAUCUCCCGCCGCCCCGACCUGCUCACCAUGGUGGUGGAGUAUCGCACGCAAGUGCUGAAGAUCUCCGAGGAGGACGAGGUGGACACCAAGCUGACCCGCAUCCCCAGCGCCAAGAAGUACAAAGACAUCAUCCGGCAGCCCUCGGAAGAAGAGAUCAUCAAAUUGGCCCCCCCACCCAAAAAAGAUUAGAGGAGGAGAGGAGUGGGGGGAAGGGCA